GGCGUCAUCCACUUUUGGUGAACUCUAUGCUAUUGACGAGGCAAUUACUAUUGCCAUAAAUGACAAUCAAGAAAAAGUUGUUAUUUUUACUGACAGCCUAACCUCCUGCCAAAUCCUUAAAGACCCAAAUACAAAUAACAGCAUUGCACAUCAAAUCCACAAGAAAAUUUGUGAGGCCGACCUAGCUGAAGUAGCUCUGGUUUGGACCCCAAGCCAUGUAGGCAUCUCAGGCAACGAAAGGGCUGAUGCCUUAGCCAAACGAGCAACCACUGAGGGAAUGCUUAAGAGUGCUAGACUCACGAUAGAGGAAACCACUAAUCAAAUCAAGAACAUUAUUUUUAAUGAAUG